AUGACCUUCAGUGGUUUCAAUCACAAGAUGCCCCUAUUCGUCGACAAAAUUCUUUACCAAAUUUUGAGCUUCCGGAAGCCUGACGAAAACAGAUUCGCUUGUCUACUGGCUGAGCUGGAGCAGCGUGUGAAUAACUUUGCUACACUUACAACCUACGAGCAGGCGGAUGGCCACCUAGCAUCGGUCAUCUAUGACCGUGUAUGGACUUUUUCUGAGCGGCAGGCUGCCCUAAAAGAGCUCACGUAUGACGGACUGGUGAACUUCAUUCCAUCCUUCCUGUCAAGAAUUUUCAUCGAGACGCUCGUCUACGGAAACGCCCUACCCGUUGAAGCGCAGCGUUAUCACGACCUCAUUCUCAGGUAUGCCUCGGAACUUGCGGGUCGCCGUCCACCGGUCGCAGCUAUACCCUGUCUCUCCAGGGAGAUUGUUCUGCCGUAUGGUAAGUUGGCGGCUGUGUACUGCCUCAGACAUCUUAACUCAAUUAACCCGCCUUACUGGGUAGUCCCGGGAAAACUCGAAUACACAGCAAUUAGAAUUCAUAAGCAAACAUUGGCACGUGUUUCUACUUAA